AUGACCCCUGCUGCUCAGCCUCCUCACAAUGACACUGGUCACGACGCACACACGGAAGUCAAGAACUCCGGCGCAAGCGAAGAGAGCACUGAGAAGCUUGACGAGAAAGAAAAGGAAGGUCAAGAUGAAAACAAUGAAGGAGGUCUUGAAGCAGACCGCGACGAAGACGAAAUACCAGAGUUGGACGCCUCACAGAAGGAAACUAUGGCUAUCGUCAACAAUGCUAUAACUGCCGCUACAGAGGUAGGGACGGAUGACUCACCGGAUCUGAGCUUGGCAAACGAGUCCAACAAUAUUACUAUUGAGAAGAUCGGCCACGGGUUGGUCUCUCCCGAAACCUGGGAGCACGCUGUUGAACACGGAAAGCAGUAUUUCUUUUUCCCCCAUUCCUCCUACGACUCGGAUUCGGAUUCGGAUUCAGAGCCCGAUUGUCAGGAUCGAAUGCGUUACACUGUCAGCUACGUCGAAGUCAGCUCGAAAGACAGAGACGGCUGUUUGGUGGCAGAGCGCACAUACGACGAACCUAUGCAGGUCGGGACUGUUCACGAUGAUACAACAAGGCCAGCGUUGGAAGAGAUAAAGACCGUUCAAACUCCACACUACCGGCAGAUCAAAGACGAUGCUGAAGCUGAAGUAAAGGCCAAGUUGGGGCCUCUCGAUCGCGUUAGAUCUACCAGCCUGAAGAUCAAUUCGUCGUAUCUACUGAACAUUCUGAAAUCAGUCAUCGAGUAUGCGUCUAAAUCCCCGGACGGAGAAGUGUUCGGUCUGGUCUCCGGCGAGUUCGACUAUCCGUACAAGGAUCUGUUCCAUCACAUGGAUGAUCUGAUGAGAUAUAAGACCAAUGAAAGCAGCCUCCGGUCUCUACACUCCGCAAGCUUCAACGAGAGGGCUGAUUCUCAUAUCGAUUUGCUCAUUGGUUAUUUGAGCUCGCAACGGAAGAUACCUUUUGGUGCAAGUGUCUCUACCCGGCGCGAAAAGCUAUCCGUUACUACUUUCGCGGCAUACUGGUUGCUCCUAAAGCCAGGGACGGAUGUAUACGUGCGCGAGGAAGACGGGUUGUUAAAUGCAUAUAUCGUGCAUGCAGUCGAUGGAGGCGUCAUCGAGGUCGAUGGAAAGGCGGUAAACGUCGAUUACCAAGUAUCCGUCUGGAAUCUGAUAUGUGAUGGAGAGUACGCGCGGCCUGUUGCUCGAAACAUUCCAGUCCCAAUUUUCGACAACGAGAAAGAGGUGAAGGAUCUGCCAGUUUUCCCUGUCGAUUUCAACGACAGCUUUGACGGCGGCCGACUCAAACAGAAGUUGAUAGACCGGGGCAAAAGAUAUCUUGCAUACACAAGCCAGCCAUGUUUCUUGCAGUACUCUGGUACAGGUUUGGCAGAUGCGAAGGUAUUGUCAGCACUGCAUUAA